CGCUUCGCUUGCUUGUGAAAUUAUAUUUUACGAUCAACGACAUUUUACAAAUAUUCGUAUUGUGAUUUAUGCAUGAUAUGGAAUGGACACGCACUCGCUCUGUUUUAGCCGAUCUAAAGAAAUUUUUAAUCUGUGGAAUAUGUAAAGGUUAUCUCAAGGAUCCCUGUACCUUGGCCAAUUGUGAUCACAACUUUUGCAGAAAAUGCAUUGAAGAAAGUUUAGGACAUGAUUCAAAGUGUCCAGAAUGUGGUUCAUUCUCCUGGAUGAAGGAUUUGAGAGUAAACAAUCAAUUAACAACGACUGUGAAUAUGAGCUUGAAACUACAGUCACUAAUCGGUGAUAAUAUUGAAGUUAAGAAAAAUGCACUCCAAAAAAAGUCCAAGCCAUUGUCACUUUCACUUAAAACCUCUCCUCCCCCUUGUGACCAAGAAAUGGAAAAAUUUAGUGAAGUUGGGUCUGUUAGUAUAUCUAGACUCCAAGAAACAAAUAGCAAAAUGAUUAAACAGCAAAAUAGAGUAGUUGAAAAUGUGAUGGAAUUUGAAAAUGAGACAAACCACACUGGUACAGCAACCAUAACAACUGAAGAUACACAUUUUGGAAAAGAAACUAAAGUUGGAAAAGCAGCUGCACUCAAAGGCAAAAGCAAAGGAAACAAAAAGGCAAAACAAAGGAAACAGUCAACAGCAACAGUUAAAGAUGUAUCUACUGAUGAAGAAUCAGAAAGGGAAUCAGGCUACCCAGUCAGGAGGCAUAAUAAAAUGACCAAGAAACCGAUAUCUUUAUCCUUGUGUGGCAGAAAAGUCAGAAAAUCUGAAACUGAGGAAAAUCAUGGUAAUUCAGUUAAAACCACAAGAGUUAAGAAAAACGUCCCCAUACGGAAUUCCAGUGCAUUGAAAAAGGCAAGCGCAGCGGUUGGAAGGGAUGUUACUGAUGUAGAAUUUGAAAGCGAGAAAAGUAACCCUAGUACAGAUGAGGCUGCUAGAGAAUCAUCUACUGUCAGGGGAAAUGGAAGGAUGACCAGAGGCAGAGGAACUGCUGAUACAGAUAGUGAAAGUGACUUAAACCACUUUGGAGACGCAAAAACCAUGAAAGAAAACACAAACAUUGAAAAAGAUUUGCAAAAGUCUCAUAGAGAACAGGAGAAAGUGACCAUUCAGUUGAGGGUCCUGAGUGGAUCAGACAGUGAAACAAACAGAGUUAGUGUAGCAGAAUCUAUAACGGGAAAGGAGGGUCUAAGACGACAUUCUGAGAAUAGAAAAUUUGGUGCAGUAGAGGAACACAACGAAAUAACCAUUCAACAAAGCAGUACAAAAGCUAUUGGUAACAACACGGAAUCAGACAGCGAGGGAAAUCGCAGCAGUACUGUACCGAAAUCAAAAACACAAAGAACAUCCAUGAAAAAAGCGUCUGAAGCCCAUACAGAGUCUGACACCGAGGCUAAUGACGAUAUCAUGGAAACUUCUAAGAAAACCUAUGCAAACCUGAAUGAAAAUUCGACUAAAAGUGUGUCAAAUAUACCCAGAAGGCCCAACAACGUUCCUAAAAAGCGGUCUGUUCAAAGACGAAGGGAUAGUGGAAUGUGCGGUGAUGAAACGGACGAGGAAGCCACAAAGGAAGAGGAAAACGUGAAACAACGAAAACCAGUAAGAAAUUUACGAAGAAGAAAGAUUACUAACAGUACUCAGUCUACGGCAAUGGUCAUAAAUACUGAUACAGAUCCACUGCUACAAUCCGAUAGUGAAACAAACCAUGUCAGGACAAAUGAAACCGUUCCAACAAAAGGACAAAAAAGCACAACACGACAUAUUCACGAGCAUUGUGAGAAUUAUACGCAUAUGACUGGUGCUGACGAACUGGGCAACAUAAAUGAGGGCGAUGUAAUAAAAGAGAUCACCGUUGACAAUACUACUCGUUCAAGACCAUCAGGCCAACAAGGAAAAUCUUCAAAGCGUGUGGUUACAAAAAGAGGUUCAAUAUCUGAAAAAAUAUGCCGCAAAGCAUCAGAAAAGAAUGUUCUCAAAACGAAUUCAUUUAGAAAUAAAAUAAACCCGAAUCCCAAAGUUAAAUCUAAUUCGAGUAAGGAUCGAUUUGAUUUUAGCCAACAAGAAGACCCAUUCCACUUUAGUUUUACUGAUGCUGAAGGUACUGAUAGUAAUGAUGAUGAACAUGAAAUAGAUGGUAUUGAUUACGAUAUUGAUGAUCAGGAAAACAAGGACCACGAUAAUGAUUGUAAUGAUGAUUACGAUGAUUAUGGUACCACUAAAUCGUCACUAAGAUCAAUGGAUAAAGCUUCCAGAAAUAAAAUAUCCAAAGAUCACAGAACUGGAAGAUACAAUGAUGUGGAACCAAGCAGUGCUGUUUUGCAAAACAGAAAAUCGAAACGAACAGCUCAAGGAACCACAGAGAAAGUGAAAUUUACUCAUCUUAAAGACAGAUCUACAAAUCGUGACCAACCAGACCAGAAUACAAUUGAGAAAGGUAAGAAAAAGACAUCUUCAACAAGACCUGGCCUGAUGCUAAAUGCCGCAGAUGACGAAUAUAAAGAGAAUAACGAUACGCUGAAUAUAAAGAGAAGACGAGUCCGAUCGAAGAAUACUAUUAUUCAACAGUAUUUUACCCCACUGAAUAACAAAGACACCAACGAAGACUCUGAGGCGACAAUUCCUGCCAAGCGAAGGAAAUUAACAUCUUCAUCUGAAAUUCUACGGAAUCCCAACACGUCAUCACAAUGUUCACAAAGUCAAAAUACUGUUGUAUCAUCUCAGUGCGGCCGGAAUAUAAAAGGAGAAACGCCUCUGCAUUUGGCUGCAAUCAAGGGAGAUCUAGCGUUAGCCCUUGAACUUAUCGAUGAAGGGGCAGAUCCUAAUAUUAAGGAUUUUGCUGGCUGGACACCAUUACACGAAGCAUGCAACCACGGCCAUGUGGAAAUUGUCGAACUAUUAUUAGAUCACAAUGCUUUAAUAAAUAUCCCUGGGCAUGACAAUGACACGCCACUUCACGACGCGGUUGCAAACGGCCGUUUGAAAGUCGCCAAACUUCUUGUGUCAAGAGGAGCUGUUUUAACAGCCAGAAAUAAGCAAGGUUUAUUGCCAAUGCAUUAUGCUGUAACUAAGGCAAUGAAAACUGCACUCACAGCACGUGGUGUAUCGUCUGAAGCUAAGCCGAUUAACGACAUUGAAAAUGUAAAGAAAUACACGGUUAUCUGCCGAGAAUCACAAGUCAUUCUUGGUACUGCACUCAAAACACAGGAUCAACUCAAGUUGAAGAAAUGUAUCAAGCAGCUUGGUGGAACACUUGUUGAUAAAUUUGAUGAAUCAGUAACCCACAUUGUAACGUCUGUGAAUGAAAACGGUCAUUGCCCCAGGACAAUUAAAAACUUGUUUGGAAUCUUAACAGGAAAAUGGAUUGUUAGUUUUCAAUGGAUUAACGAUUGUCUUGGACAGUGUCAAUGGUUAGAUGAAGAUGAUUACGAAGUACAAGGAACUGUGGGAAAGACGUGUAACGGAGCAAAAAAAGCACGAUUAAACAACUUGCAACAGAUGCCUCGAUUGUUUGAUGGCUGCUCAUUCUUUCUUCGUGGUGUGUUCAACCCUCCAACACCCAGUAGACAAGAUAUCAUCAAACUCAUUACUGCUGGCGGUGGAAAACUGUUACACAGGGAGCCAAAAGUUAAAGAUGACGAUUUGACGUCACUUCCUUCAAGUCCCGUCGUGACGUCAUUAUCACGUGAACCAAAAGUAGCCUAUCAUGCUCCAGCUAAUUCCUCGCUAUCGUGUUGUACCGAGUUUAUCUUAUACGACUCGACAUCAUGUGAUCAACUUAAAAUUGUCUACUCCCCAGUCCUAUGUACCGCGCCUGUCACGUGGUUAAUGGAUUGUAUAUCAUCUUUCCAGCUGUUGGAUAUCCCGGACGUGUAGUAUAAACGAUUUUUGUCGCGAUGAACACGAAACUUGUAGACAGUGUCAAUUAAAUCUAGUUUUGUUCAUGUUAGCAUAGGGUAAAUAAGCAGGAUUCUAAAGAUAUCUAUCGAACAUAGAGGAAUCGGAUGUUUGCCGAAUUUCCGGACUGUAUGUCAGUACUGGCCAUGUUGUAGUUGGGUUCGUUUACUAAGUUAAAAAUACCAUAGAUACCUUUUAUUUGACAAUACUAAUUCUGUAUCUAUAUAAUAUCCUAAAAUCGUCUUUCUUUUACUUAGAUAUUCCCUGAAUAGUUUGCGGGAAAAGGUACAUAAUUUGUCUCA